CUUCUGAAGACUGGGAAGUACAGGUCGACUGCUGGGACAGCGAAUCAUCUGACUCGCACUGGGCGACGGACAGUUGGGCAGGAAGGAAGACACAGAAAAAGUGGGAUAGAGCCUCCUGUGGCUUUGCACACACCCAACCCUGGAGAGUACCUCCGCCACGCAGGCGCAGAUGGAGGACGCGGGUUGGUUCGUGCGGAAAAGCUUCCCUGUUCUCGGAGCCAAUGCCGUCUUGUCCAGGGGGUCGGGCCCGGGUCUCAUUGGCGGGCGAGUGGCUGGGCGCGCGCUCUCCGUCUUUUCGUCCGAAGGUUCGCGGGCUAUCCCCGUUAUCUGUGAGCCAUGGAGCCCGGCCCCGUUGCACGUUUUGGACCUCGACUGGGCAUCACGGACCCCGCUGUCCUGAGGAAAGCUGAAGAGUACCUGCGACUGUCCCAAGUAAAGUGCACUGGAUUGUCUGCCCAUACAACAGAAACAAGUAAUGCAAUCAUGUGUCUGGACCUUGCUGCCACCAGUAUGAAAUGGCCUUUAGACAGAACUUACUUAGUUAAACUUUCUGGUUUGAACAAGAAGAUGUAUCAAAGCUGUCUUAAGUCUUUUGAGUGUUUGCUGGGCCUGAAUUCAAAUCUUGGAAUAAAAGACUUAGCUGUACAGUUUAACUGCCUGGAGGCAGUAAACAUAGCUUCAAAGAUACUACAGAGGUAUGAAGCCAGCCUUCUCCAGAUACAGAAAGUAGAUCUAGAUUUGUCCAAGCCCCUUUUCACCACAGCUACACUCUUUUCAGCGUGCAGGGUCCUAAAGAUAAAAGUAAAUAAAGACAAAAUGGUGGCCACAUCUGGUGUAAAGAAAGCUGUUUUUGAUCGACUUUGCAAACAAUUGGAAAAGUUUGAACAGCAAGUUAAGGGAGAACCUAGCAGUUCAGCUUCUCCACCAGCCAAAAGACAGAAGAAGAUGAUAGUUGAACAUUCCAAGAAAGAAAUAGAAGAUAAAGCAGAGUCUCCAUGUAAGCCACAGCAAAGUGAAGAUUUGAAACAAGAUUAUGAAGAGUGGAAAAGAAAAAUUUUAGAAAAUGCUACUAAAGCACAAGAGAAGUGAUUUCAUUGCCCAGACAGCACCUUCCACCAACUGUGACUGUUUCCUCCCCAGUGAGCCUUGAUGGGUCAUUGGCAUUUGCUUUUGAGCAAGAAUUCUGAAAGCACUGCCUUAAUAUGCUCGGGGCAGAACCAAACAUGUUAUGUCAGGGAAAACUGUUUCGCUCCACUCUGAGUUUCUGUAUUUUGAUGAGUUUACUUAAAGAAGAACGCACAAAGAUCACAUCUAAGGCAGUGAGACCUGGCUCCUGACAUUGGAAAUGAGCUUGACCCAAUCAACCAUGGUGUCAUUUGGCAUAUAGCUUCUAUUUGCCUACCAGGAGUCUAAGGAAGUCUAAGGAAAUUUAGUACUCUAGUUUAUGCUUUUGAUAAUACAUUAAUUACUAAUUUUAAAGCAGUACAAUUGGAUUUUUGUACUAUUCGAUGCCUGCUUUUCAUUGUUUUUUUUAGAAUCACAGAAUCUUUUGGUUUAAAUAAAAUAUUGAUGCUUUAAGAUAAUUUUUAUUUCUGUACCCACCUGUAUUAGCUUUUUGUUUAAAGAACUGUAGUUGCUACCAUACUACUAGCAAUUUAAGAUGGUCACAUAAUGGACUACAAGUGAGGACAGUAUUGUAAAAUCAAGAAAUUAACCAAGGUUUAUUUGUGCGUAAGCUUCAGAUAUAUACAAACUGACAGAUGCAAUGGUACUUAAACACUCAACAUUAAGAAACAAACCUAUGGAGUUUAGCCUUCAUAGAAGGUGAAAAGAUCUGGGAAGUGAUACCAAAUAGAAUUUGACUCUGGUUACCUUCUAAUUACAUGUGUUCAAAGAGGAAAACACAA